CAUCAAUCCCUCCAGUUCCUCAUCCCCAUCCGUUCGAGAAUAUGAACUACUUCCUCCUUUUUGUUAUGAUACUCUCGGUUUUCUCUGAGACUCCGUUGUCAUCGAGCAACCCUGAUUUGUACGGACCCUGCAGUAAGGAGUUCAAGUGUGGGAAUGUUUCUGCAGGCUUUCCAUUCUGGGGAGGAGAAGAUCAAAGACCGCCUGAAUGUGGCCAUCCAGGACUUCAACUCCAGUGCGAGGAUAAUCAUGCUGCUAUUUUAGAAAUUCUCAGUGUUCGAUAUCGAGUUCUUGAUAUUAAAAAGGAAACCAAAAUACUGAAGAUUGCAAGGGAGGACUAUAAGGGUGGAAUUUGUCGCCAUAAUAUCCAGAACACCAACCUCGAUGCCACUCUCUUUGUCAGUGCUCCAGGUUAUGUAAAUAUUACAUUACUCUAUGACUGCCCGGUGGAUUUACCCGCACUUAAAAACUUCAGCUGCGGUUUCCAUGGAUUCAAUUCUAGCAAGAAUUUCAUUCAUCCAGAAGUAUUUCAUGGUCCUAUGUUUUGUUCUGCCAGUGCCUCUGUCCUGGUUCAUGUACCUUCGCCUACAGUAGAGGCCAUCGAACAAUCCUUAAAAGAUGGAUUUGAAAUAAAAUGGAAGGUAGACGAUGAGCGCUGUCCGAAGUGCCUUAAAUCCAAUGGAUCCUGUGGCAUUGACCCUGGGAAUAAAACGGUUUGCCACUGUCAGGAACCAGGUAGUUCAUUGGAAGGAUGUCCUGUUUUUCCCCUGCCUCCUGGCGCUUCCCAACCACCACAACCACCAUCGAACGCCAAUAAGCGAGGUCCUAAGAACACAAUCAACUUGGAGAAUGCUAUGAACACUUGUGAGAAGUAUUUAUAUUCUUUUGGUGUUAGGUGGCUGACGACAUAUUUUAGUCAGUAGUCAGAGACUGUAUUCAAGCAAAUUCUCAUACCUUGAUUAUAUUUUCCUAUUAAGAAGGCAUCUUAUUGCUAACUCUCAACUUCAAAUCGGUAGUUGACUACACUAGUCCCUUUCAGUCAUAUAGGUUUAUUCAGGUAGCAGUCUUGUUAAAUGCAACAGGAAGCUCAAUUGAUUUCAU